CGAAGAAGGGGUUGUAAUAAACACGGCGGCUAUUUUCAAAACCCUUCGCCGUUUGUUGUCAUCUCCUCGCCGCCGCCUACUCUCUUUCUUUCUCCCAAAAUCACUCAAUCUCUCAGCCACCGUGUUUUGUUUGUAGACCUAGACGACAAGGAUGGUAACUAAAGAAGAGAAGAGAUUCGCCAAGAAUUUCAACAUUAACGAUCUCCCCGACGUCCCUGCCGGACUUCCUCCGCAUCUGAAACACCAGCAAGCCCGCGUCGUCUCUAAAAACAACGCUUCUGCUAAUGCUGAGGGUGACAAUGUGCAACUAGGGAACUUCUAUGAGGAUUUCAAAGUUGAUGUGAUUAGUCUCACAGAGAGAGAUAUGCAAUUCGAUAUGAUUGGUAUUGAUUCAGCGUUUGCCAAUGCAUUCAGAAGGAUCCUUAUAGCUGAGGUUCCUACAAUGGCUAUUGAAAAAGUAUUAAUAGCAAACAACACAUCGGUUAUUAUAGAUGAAGUUCUUGCUCACAGGAUGGGUCUUAUUCCAAUUGCUGCAGAUCCAAGGCUCUUUGAAUAUUUAUCCGAAAAUGAUCAGCCGAAUGAAAAGAACACCAUUGUGUUCAAACUCCAUGUGAAAUGUCCGAGAAAUAGACCACGUCAUAAAGUUCUAACCAGCGAUUUGAAAUGGUUACCAAAUGGAAGUGAGUUAUUGAGAGAGUAUGGAAAUUCAACUUCAAAACCAAAAACUUACACUUCAUUUAGUUGCAGCCAAGAUUCGUUACCCGAAUUUGCUGAUAAUCCUAUCGCUCCGAGCGACCUUGAUAUCUUGAUUGCAAAACUUGCCCCUGGUCAGGAAAUCGAACUCGAAGCUCAUGCAGUCAAGGGAAUUGGAAAAACACAUGCAAAGUGGUCCCCAGUAGCGACGGCUUGGUAUAGAAUGCAUCCGGAGGUGGUUCUACGUGGGGAAGUUGAGGACGAGCUUGCUGAACGACUUGUAAAAGUCUGCCCACAAAACGUUUUCGACAUUGAAGACAUGGGCAAAGGUAAGAAAAGGGCAACUGUAGCACAACCGCGUAAGUGCACAUUGUGUAUGGAAUGCAAAAGAGACAAUGAUUUAUUAGAACUUGUGGAUCUAGGCAGUGUCAAGAAUCAUUUUAUAUUUAACAUUGAGUCCACCGGAUCAUUGCCCCCGGAGGUUCUCUUCACUGAAGCUGUGAAGAUAUUGGAAGCUAAAUGUGAAACAGUACUCGAAGACUUUUGAGUUUCCGGGUUUAGUUCAAUUUUGAGUUGUCUGUCUAUCAUCACUGUUUCUCCUACCAGCAACAAACAACAUUGACGUUUCUAUUUAUAGUUGUGUGGUUACAAUUUGGAUUUCAAUAGCCUUGCAACGUAACAAAAACCUGAAUCAAUUUGUAAAUCUGUUUCAGUUUAGUUUGGUUUUAAACCGGUUACUGAAA